CUAUGUGUGUGUUUUGCUUCAUUAAGUACCGACAUGACUCCAACCUGUUGGGGUGUUGAUUCAUCUACUACUUCUACUUCGUAGAAAUCGAUGCUGCUACUUAUUCUUCUUCUUCUUCUUCUACUUUUACUACUCACUCUGAGAACUCUCCUUUUCGCUUGACGCUGGCGUUUACGAGUGGAGAAAUCUGAGGCAGAAUAGUGGUUUUUAGAAACCUCGUGGAGCUAAAAGAAUCUUGAAAGCUAGAGGAAGCAGUCUACAUCAUCAACGUUUGGAGGCUAAAAAUGGCGAUGCAGACUGCUUACCUGAAAGAACACGAAGGAAUUGUUCACAAUUCUGUCGGACAGUUGUCAUCAUCUGCUACUUCAGCUCCAUGGUGGAAUGGCUCAGGAUCUCAACCAGUUUAUGGAGAUUAUUGUGCCCAGAACAAGCCCUUUUCGUUGGAGUUUUCGAACUACGUCGACCCAUAUGCUGCUGGUAAGCAAGUAGUUCGAGGAGCUGAGCCAGUGAUCGAUAGAGGACAUGCAACCCAGUUUUCCAUCUUUCCAGAUGAAUGUAAAAUGUUAGGCGAAGCUCAAAGUUCUCAGGCAAACUUGGCACUGCAGCCACCACUUGCUGAGCCCACCAACAAUUUCGACAUAGGGUUUAAUCAACAACCUAUGAUGUGUGCACCAUAUCCCUGCACGGAUCAAUAUUGUGGGCUCGUCUCAGCUUAUGCACCUCAAAUUUCGGGACGUAUAAUGCUUCCGCAUAACAUGGCCUCUGAUGAUGCACCAACCUACGUGAAUGCUAAGCAGUACCAUGGAAUCAUCAGACGCAGGCAGUCACGUGCCAAGGCUGUUCUUGAGAACAAAUUCAUCAAACGUCGCAAGCCCUACAUGCAUGAAUCUCGCCAUCUGCAUGCAAUGAGGCGACCAAGAGGAAAUGGUGGUCGGUUCUUGAACACAAGAAACUCCAACAAUGGAAAUAAUGGUGGAAAUGAUGCUGAUAAUGAAGCGAAUAAAAUGGGUGGUCUACAAUUUCUGUCCAGUGCCUCUCAGAGCUCUGAAAUGCUGCAAUCUGAUGUUGGAAUAAACUCACCUAUGGAGACAGAUGAUUGCAGUCCAAACAUGUCUAGCUCAGAAGUGAAUAGCAUGUAUUCGAGGGAAGGUUUCGAGGGGUUUCCUGUGAAUGCUCUUGGAGCUUCUGUGUAUCCUCUGGGAUCUUCUGUGCGUUCGAUAAAGAACAUGAUAGGUAGUGGAAAUGGUGUUAGCAUGCCCAAUAGAUGGGCUUAAGAAUGUGUUUGAUUUGCGAGGAGAAGUAGUGGGUUUGGUGUGAUGUUGCACCGAACACGUCCCUUGGAAAAAGACCAGAUGAAGAAAUUGUCUUGCAUUUUCUAGUGUUUGUUGUGACAAAUUUAGUUCUGAAAAAAAAACUUGGUUCUAUCUGAUUUAGGCAAAACCAUUAUUGGCUAAGCUUGGGAAGCUCAUUCUACGUGAUGUCUGUGCUAAAUAACUUCAAUUCUGAGUGAGUGAGAGCUUUUUAAGGUAUGUUAGGUUUGUCGUUUGGUUCUGAAUUUCUGACUAUGUAAUGUGCAUCUUAGAACUCUAAAUUGUGACAUAGUUGGAAAAAUAAAACAUUGAUUUCGGAGGCUAAGCCUAGAAGGGGCUGCUUAAAA